ACGCUCAUGUCUGCUGCUCCAUACUCUUUCUGCCAGUUCUUUCUUUUUCCUCUCUCUUAGUCUUAGCCCCCUACUCCACCUCUCCUCUCCUUUCCUCUCUCUCCCUCGCCCUGAAUAAGGGGAAACCACACUCCACAGAAGUUUAAUGUGCUACCACCGGCCGUGAAUCUCUCUUUCUCUCUCUCUCGGCUGAUUCUUCUUGUGUCUUUUAACUUUCUCCGCUCAGAGAUUGAGACGCAUUUGUUUUAUUUUGUGUUUCUUUGUCGAACACUCCAAAAAAUUAACAGAGAAGAGUCCCCAUUGUGGAGUUCUUGUAAUAUUUCUUCUCUCUCGUUUUAGCAGCUUUUCUUUCUCAGAUCUAUUAACCCACCCUUUUCUUUCUUCCUUUCUUUUUAUUAUUGGACCCUUGUGUUUGUUUCAUUUGAGCUGAAGCUAUGAGUAAAGAAGAGUUCUUGAAAAUCCAGACUUGUGUUUUAAAAGUGAACAUACACUGUGAUGGCUGUAAGCAGAAAGUGAAGAAAAUCCUGCAGAAAAUUGAUGGGGUUUUCACCACCAACAUAGAUUCAGAACAAGGGAAGGUAACAGUCUCAGGUAAUGUAGACCCAGCUGUACUGAUAAAGAAGCUUGCAAAGUCAGGGAAACAUGCUGAGCUCUGGGGUGCCCAGAAGCCCAACAACAACCAAAACCAUCUGCCAAACCAGUUCAAGAACAUGCAGAUUGAUAAUGGCAAAGGUGGCAACAACAAAGGCCAAAAGGCUAACAACAAUCAUAACCAACCCAAAGCCGGUCAACCAAACCAGAACCAACAGCAGCAACUCAACCAACAAAUGCAUCAGCUUAUGCAACAAAAUAUGAAAGGAUUCCAAGAUCUGAAUAAGCUGCCCAAUUUCAAAGACCAAAAAUUGCCUCCUAACAACAACCAGAACCAGAAGGCUGUGAGGUUUGCUCCCCCUGAAGACGAGGACUUGAGUGAUGACGAGUUCGAUGAAUUUGAUGAUGAAGAUCUCGAUGAUGAUGAUUCGGAUGACGAGAUGGAUGGUCCCCAACAUUCUGUUAAUAAGAUGAAACCCAUUAUGCCCAAUGGCAAUAUGAUGGCGAUGAUGAAUGGUUUGCCGCCCCAGCUUCUGAAUGCGCAGAAGGGUGCAGCUGUGAAUGGAGGUGGCAAUGGUAAGAAGGGCGGUGGGAACGGGGGUAACGGUAAUGGUGCUGUGCCUGUUCAAGUAAAUAUAGGUGGUGGAAAUGGCGGUAAAAAGGGAGGCGGAGUUGGUGGUGGAGGUAAUAACAAUGGAGGAAAUCAAAAUCUAGGUGGCAAGAACGGUGGAGGAAAACCACAAGAUGGCAAGAACGGUAACAAUGGAGGUGGUGGUGGUAAUAAUAAGAACGGUAACAACGGCAAUGCUGGUGGCGGUGGAAAUGGUAAUAACAUGCAAAUGAAUGGAGGUAAAAAGGGGAACAACGGUGGAGGGGGUGGUGGUGGUGGCGGCGCUAUAACUGAUGUGUUGCGCAGCAUGGGUGGACCCCAUGGUAAUAUGGGGCAAAUGGGCAACCUGAACAUGCCCAAUAUGCCCAUGGGGCAAAUGGGCAACAUGCCCAUGGGCCAAACGGGUAACAUUCCUGCUGUUCAAGGCCUACCAGCCGCUGCUGCUGCUGCCAUGAACGGCGGUGGUGGCGGUGGCGGUCCCAAUGGGUACUUCCAAGGAGCCGGACCAGAUCUCAUACCCGGUGGUAAUCCAUACAACCAGCAACAGCAACAGCAACAGCAGUACUUGCAAGCUUUAAUGAACCAACAGAGGGCAAUGGGUAAUGAGAGGUUUCAACCCAUGAUGUAUGCGAGGCCCCCACCAGCAGUGAAUUACAUGCCUCCAUACCCAUACCCGUACCCGCCACCAUAUCCAGGUUCCGACCCGUACUCCACCUACUUUAGCGAUGAGAACACCUCAAGUUGCAGUGUGAUGUGAAGAGGGGCAUUUGUGCAUUGAACUCAAUGCUUGGUUUUGGUUUAUAAGCUUGUGGUGGUUCGGUUAUAGUUGAAGCGAUCAAUAGAAGUUUUUAUGCCAUAAUAUACAUGGAAAUGGGUUUUAAUUUUAUAAAAUAUUUCCCCCUUUUUUUCA